UGCAUUAUAGGUAAACAUUAUUUCAUAGGAAAUGUUUACGCGAUUUUACUAUUUUAAGAUCGAAAAAGGUUAAAAACACGGACACGGGGAUUUUUAUCUACCUGUGUACAUGCGGGUCAUCAAGUGAGUUACGAUCAUACAUUAGUAUAUAAGAAGAACGCUGCAUUCAUUAUCAUUAACAACUGAGUCUUCAGAACUAAAACACUAAUAAAAAAUACUUCUUUUUUUGUCAACAUGAAAUACUUGUUGGUAGUUUUGGUUGUCUUCGUUCUCGCUACGGUUGCAUUAGCAGGUAGUGGAUGCAAUGUAGUCCCUUGCAGCGAUUAUUGCCGAUCGGUGGGACAUUUUGGCGGAUAUUGCGUCGGACCAACGUUAGAUACCUGUCAUUGUUAUGACGUUGGCCACAAAAACUAAAAAAUAUUCAAUAUUUAUUAUUCGAUUUGUGACUUUGAUUACUCUUUAAUAGUAUGUAUUAUUAUAAUGGAAAUUAAUAUUGGAAAUAAAUAAGUAUGGAUAAUAAUAAAAUUGAGAAAGGACAUAAUAAGGCUGACAAAAUAUUAGGUCUGGAUCCCGCGUAUGAAAAAAAAGUUGAUUAAUAGCAAGCUGAAAAUUUGUUAAUAGCUUAAGGGUGUCUAGUCGGAUAAACUUUGAUAUAUGGGAACACUGGAACAGGGGCAGUUUUAAUUGUGGAACAGGUUAAAAAUUUGGAACGGUCAGACCACGAAAACGGAUCAUUUAUUUUGUCCGGCAGAACAGACUUAAACUCUCCGAAUAGAGAUUAGACUCUCAUGCAAAAAUCAGACUGCUAUUUAUCACCUGUCAUAAUUCCUGUCAUUUGACAUAUUCUACAUGUUCCACUCAUUAAAACGCCCAUUUGGUGAUAAAUAGCAGUCUCAUUUUUGCAUGAGAGUUUAAUCUCUGUUCGAAGAGUUUAAGUCUGUUCUGUCGGACAAAAUACAUGUGCCGUUUUCGUGGUCUGACCGUUCCAAAUUUUUAACCUGUUCCACAAUUAAAACUUCCCCUGUUUCAGUGUUCCCAUAUAUCAAAGUUUGUCCGACUAGACACCCUUAAGCUAUUAACAAAUUUUCAGCUUGCUAUUAAUCAACUUUUUUUUCAUACGCGGGAUCCAGACCUAUAUAGGCUGAUUUUGAUUUAGAAAUACUAAAAUAUGUUGAUGGAAAUUUAUGUUCAAUAAUAAAAUUGUAAAACGCAACAA